AUGCGAAAAGAGAUUCGGUUAUCAGAUUAUCAUGAAGAUUCCAUAUGGCCAUUUCGUUAUUGGAAAAGGAGAACUCUUUCUUUAACUGAUCGUUCACGUGGACAUGUUAAUUCGACCAAUUCUCACGACAAAAUUGUUACACCAUCAGUAGUCCAAUAUCGAGUCAAUUCGAAUAGCGAUGCAUCAUCAUUUUAUGAAAGUGAACGUCGUCUAUUUACUUAUUAUACAAUCGAAGGCGAAAACGAAGAAGAAGAAGACGAGAAAAGAAAAAGAAGACGACGCGUUGGAGCUUUUUUUGUUACGCCAUGCUGCUGUUGUCUAUGCGCGUGCGGUACACUAGCAGUUGUUCUUCUAAUGGCUAUCGCAGCAAUCCUUGUUUUACUAUUGGCUCAACCGAGAAUACGAACGACGACAACAACAAGUACGGUAACAACAGCAACGACUACAAGUAACUGCAUAAUCUAUUUUAUCUCUAUCAUCGCCAUGUUUUUUCUAAAAGCUACUACAUCAACAACAUCGACUACAACAUCAUCAUCAUCAUCAUCAACGUCUUCCACGUCGUCAUCGUCCUCAACAUCUUCCACAUCGUCUACAACGACAACAACAUCCACAUCGUCGUCAUCAUCAACAUCAUCAACAUCCACUUCUACAUCAUCAUCAUCAACGACAACAACGUCUGUAACGACGACGACAACAGCAUUUGAUUCCUGUAUGAAUCUUCGUUGGAAUAAAACAGGUGCUGUCGUCGCAGGUAGUUCAUCGGGCAAUGCUGCAAACAAGUUCAAUACUCCGGCUUGUAUAUAUAUGAAUGAAAAUGAUACGUUUUAUGUUUGUGACGCUGGAAAUAAUCGAAUUCAAGAAUGGACGGAAAAUGCGUCAAGUGGUACAACUAAAGCUGGAAGUAGCAGUGGAACCGCUGGGUCGUCUUCAUCGUUACUCAAUACUCCAGUGGAUGUUUUUUUCGAUAUACACGGUUAUAUGUAUGUGACCGAUACUGAAAAUCAUCGCAUUCAACGUUUUCUUCUGAAUUCUUCUCUUGCCACAACUGUAGCAGGAACAGGUUCGAAAUCGAGUGCCUUAACAGNGACGGAAAAUGCGUCAAGUGGUACAACUAAAGCUGGAAGUAGCAGUGGAACCGCUGGGUCGUCUUCAUCGUUACUCAAUACUCCAGUGGAUGUUUUUUUCGAUAUACACGGUUAUAUGUAUGUGACCGAUACUGAAAAUCAUCGCAUUCAACGUUUUCUUCUGAAUUCUUCUCUUGCCACAACUGUAGCAGGAACAGGUUCGAAAUCGAGUGCCUUAACAGAUCUUGAUCAUCCUUCAGCCGUUGUCGUUGAUGACGACUAUCAUGUCUAUGUUCUUGAUAAGCAUAAUUCUCGAGUCGUAUUAUGGGGACCGAAUGCUACAAGUGGUACUACGGUGAUCAGUAAUAAUGCUCUGAAAAAGACAGCAGCAAUGAUUUAUGUGCCCGGUAGAUCCGACCAAGUUUAUAUUAGCGAUGAAGACAGCAACAAGAUUUAUCGAUGGUCGUUCAAUAUGUCAUUGCCGACAUCAUCACUCUCUCAAGUGAAUAGCACUACAAAUGCUUUGAAUACACCAAAGGGAAUGACUACUGAUAUGUAUGGUAAUUUAUAUGUUGCUGAUUAUGAAAAUCAUCGAAUAGUCAUGUACUGUGCUAAUUCAACUGUAGGAAUUGUUGUUGCUGGUGAUACGGGUGGCACACCUACACUAGAUAAGCCGAUGGAUAUUGCUUUCGAUUCCGAUCUCAAUAUGUAUGUUGUCGUCGAUGGCGAUAAUCAAGUUAUCAAAUUUCCACGUCGAUAA